CCCAAACUAGUUUUGUUGUUGUUGUGUCUUUAAUUAAAAAAUCAAAUAAAAUAGCACUGUAUUGUAUCAAAAUAUCAAUUCAUCCAUUUUGUAUACCGUUUAUCCUAAUUGAGUCGUAGGUGAACUGGAGCCGGAGCCUAUCCUAGCUGACAGGCGGGGUACACCCUGGACUGGCCGCAAGCCAAUUGCAGGGCACAUAUAGAAAAACAACCAUUCACACCUAAGGACAUUUUACUCUUAAAUGAACCCAACAUGCAUGAUUUUGGAAUGCGGGAAGGAGCCAAGGUCUCUCAGAAAGCGACGAACGCACGGGGGCAACAUGCAAACUCCACACAGGAAGCCCCGAAGGCCACAACCCGGAUUGAAACCCUCAACCUCAUAGCUGUUAGGUGGAUAUAUGCAAACCAUGAGACCAGUGAUUCUCAAAGCAUUUUAGUUAAUUAUGGUAUUUUGAUAUGAUAUUGUACAUUGACUUAUUUGUUUAUUUAUUUAUUUUAAAGCAAAUAGAUGUGCUCUCACCCUCCUUCCAUGCGAGGAUACGUGCACUAAAAGCAAAUAGCACAGAUUAAUGUAAUCCAAAACAGAGGGAGGAUGCAUUUUGGGAGAUAGGAAGCCAUGCAUCUUUAAUCCCACUUUUUGCUUUUAAUGAAAAAAAAAAUAUGAGUGGUGAAUCGCAUUCAGUGAAGUACAAUGCCAAUCGAAGUUUUUGUGAGUACAUUCCAUACAUCUGCAGACAAGCCGUGCUAAAAUGUGUGGGAUGUUUGCCAGCGAUGAUUGCACACCAUGUAGGAUUAUCUUGGAGUGAGUGUUUUAUCUUGCGCAACCAAACAAAUCUUUGAGCAAAAAAAUAAAUAAAUAAAUAAGGCAUUAUACCAAAUAGACUAACUGCAGCUGUCUUGACUUCAUCUCUAACAAUUUUACAUCACAAAUGAAGAAUCUUUUAUUUAAUAAAUUUUUUUUUUGCAAACACUACAGUGAUUGAAAAGUAACUCCUUAUUUUUCAGCACUUGCAAUUUAUUUCUGAACUAUAACUCUUACAAGAAAUGAACAUGAGAAGAAAGUGUAUUGCAUGGAGUCUUAUUCCAAAUUGGAUAUGGGCGCCAGCCUUAGCCACCAGUUUCUCAAGCCGCCUGGGAACCGCAUUAACUGAUUUCACAAGGAACUCUUGUGGGAUGGAAGACAUAACGUCUCGUAUUCGCCCUUCAGGUUCUUCCAAAGUCGUUGGUUUGGUAGAAUAGACUUGCUCCUUUAAUCAUGGAACAUACACCCAAAAACAUGAGAAAAAUAUUACCACAUAUGAAUAAAUUAUAAGUAUUUUAAAAUAGGGAGUUACUUUUCAAUCAACCUGUAGUCUAGGGAGAAAUUUAAAGAUAUUUUUUAACAUUCCAAUAGAAGCAAAGCAAAGCAAAUGUAUUUAUAUAGUGCAUUUCAUACACAAGGUAACUCAAUGUGCUUUACAUGAAUAAAAGCAUUUAAAAACAAAGAAAACAAAAACAGCUUAUAAACAUUUAAAACAAAGAAAAAAAAGAAAAGUACAAUUAAAACAACAGACAGUGAAAGAAAUAUUAUUUAAAAGUGGAAAUGCUCUAAAAAGCAUGAGAAAAAAAAGAAGAGUUUUUUAACCUGGACUUAAAAACAUUCACACUUGGGGUUGAUGUCACUUCUGUUGGCAAGUUAUUCCAUUUGUGUGCAGCAUAGAAUAGAAUAGAACUCAGUUAAUCUUUCUGGUUGUAAGUAGAGUGUUGUCUGACAUCAAACUUAUAUAUUUAUUUUGUACUAUAUUAUUGUGGUGGUAUGAUUUAAUAUGCAUACUUCCCUAUAACCCAAAUAAAAGGUAAGAUAUUAGAAGUGAAUUUAUAGACUAGAAGAUGAUAUUUAGGUUGGUUGGGUGGUGUUAAGCAGGUGACGGUGUUGUUGUGAGACACAAGGACAAGGUGAUAAAGGGAGAGGCAUAAACUGGAGCAUCACUCCCCUCUAGCGCUCCCCUCACUCAGGGUUGUUGCUAUAGAAGCAACCGGCAGAGUGACGAAAGGAAAAAGCUUAGGCUUAAAAAAAAAGCAACAACAAGAAAAAAGUAAUGAAAUGAGGAAUAUAUAUAUUACUUUAAGCAAAAUGUUCUGGCAGUUGGUACAGGAAAAUGUGACUGCAAGAUUUCUAUCAACAAAUAAAUAUAUAUAUAUAACCAUAUAGACUACAUACACCUAAUGAAUUAUGAUAUUUCUUAUUUUAGGCUAAACUUAUUUAUAACCAGCAAUAGAAAUCUCAAUAACAAAUUACAACCUUAUAUUAAUCUUUUAAAAAGCAAGUGAAAUGCUCUUAAAAAAAAAAAAAAAAAUUUAAAUUCCCUUAUAAGAAUAAAAACAUCUCGUUAGACAGAGAACAAGCAUAUUUUGCCUUGAUUUGAGAUAUUUAUUCUUGGUUAGAUUUGAUAUUUUGCAGUAAGUGCAGCAUCAGUAGCACAGCCAGCCAAUCGGGAGCCAGCAGGCUAGCCCACGAGCCAAUCGGCUGCGAGGAGGUUCUGGCCCCACCCUCCUCCACACCAGAGAGGCUCGCAUCCUUCAUCACUGAUGAACGGAGCCUCAUCCGGGACGCAUCGCUAGCGGAGGUGAACCGUAAGCGGCCAUGAAGAGACGACCGACGACCCCCCAGGAUGAAGACCCCGCCGAGGACAUCCUACAGCUCCAUCUGCACUCGCCUCCAUCCUCCUUAUCGUCAUCUCACUCUCCUCUAUCGGCCAUGCCAGCCUCCACGUCCGCUCUCCUGGCUCUGGCCUCGCCGGCCACCCGUCGCUCCAUAUCCAUGGGCGACUUCCGGAGGGUGACAGGCGCCGCGCUCGCCGCCUCCGAGCCGGCGUCCGCCUCGGCGCCGUCCUCCAAGCUGGUGACGCCAAGCUCCAGCAUGGAGUUCGAAGCGGCUCGCCGCCGCCUCUUGGAGGUGGAGGAGCGCCAGCGAGUCGUACGGGAGAUGGAGCGGAGACUGGAGGAGCUCCGAGAGGUGUUCGUGCGCUCCGAGCAGGAGGUGGUGCUGCACGGGGAGCGACUCGCCAGGAUGUCGGGAGCCGCCCAGCAAAGCGAGAUCUACGUGGCCGAGGGCGGCCAGCGCUUGAAGAAGGGACUCAAGUUCAAGAAGCACCGACCUACCAUCGUGUUCUCCUCCAUGCUGGGACUCCGAACGUGCCUGCCUUGGCCCGUGAAGCUCAAGUAGGACAGAAGAUAGUGAACCGCCGUCCACCAUCUGUGUGUAUAUUUGUUUGCUCUCGUAUCCUGAGGCUGGUCCUUCGGGUCUUUGGAGUGCCUGCGCAAAGGAGCUCAGGAGCCAGUCGAUCCAAGUGAUGCUCUCUGCCUCGUUGUCAUGGAAACCUUGCUUCUCUCUUUUUUUCAACAUUGACGAGACUGCGUGGUGCUGCAUGGAUGACUCACGUAGGAUGGCAUUCGCGACGGCUGAGCGCGCAGUGAACCCCCGUUUAUAAUAUAUUCUAGAGCCACCCGUGACAGGCGGGGGAAAAAAAUUAUAGACUGUAAAAAAGACAUUUUAAAAAUAAAUAUUUUACCCUCCCACACACUUUAAACACAUUUAAACUACACAUUUUUAAGUAUUUCUACAUAGUAUUAGUAAUAAUAUAAAACGAGUACUACGUUCUGACUCUCUCGCUUGCGCAGUUCUCCAAAUAAGAAGCUUCAAGCUCUAUUUUCCACCACAGUUGACAUUUACCGUAAGACAAAAGAGCAUUAACAAUUCAAAUUUCAGCAUCAAAAAUGUUCCAACAAACCAUAUAUGAACCAAAGUCAGUCUAAAUUCAGACUUGCCUGUAUACUGUAAAGACCCUUUAAAAAAAACCCAAUAACAACAAGAUCGCUUCAAAAUCUGUGAGAUAGUGGGGGGCGCGAAAGAUGAACCGCGGUAGCGAUAGCGGGAGAUCACUGCAAGCUAACUGGAGAUGUGUUUAGAAUAGGACCUGGCAACACAAAGUGUGCUUUGAUGUCUCUGUGAUUCAUCACUUUGAAGGAGGUGGAGGAGGAAAAAGCGACGCCACCUGCGGCCUACAGUCUCCACGGCAACCACUGUUGCCGUGGAGACGCUCGUCGCCACAAAGCUACACAGAAUGUAUCCGAGCAGACUGCAGCAAGCAACGGACGCUUCGAUUGAAAACAAACACGCUUAUGUACUGUACGUCAAAGGCGACACUUGCGAGGCCAUACGCAGUUAAUAUUACUGUAAAUGCUUCGAAUGUACACUUAAAAAAAAAAGACAAAAAAAAAAAAAGGAAUGUCCACUUAAUAUUUUCAUCAGCAGUCUCCAUAGCAUCAUCGUUUGUUAGUUAAACUUUAAAAUAUCACGUGGAUAUUUUUCGUUUAAAGUUGGCUUGAAGUGGUUGAUAUGGAAAGAGUGAGUUAUGUUAUAUUGCGGGCUCACAUUUACGAGUUCUAUGCUUACCAAAAAUGUAUCGACACUUACAAGACAGAACAUUAGGUACACUAUCUCAUGAGAUCCAAUGCAAAAGCUGCAUUGGCUCUCUCAUAUUGACAUUAAUUUUUGAUUUGCAAUACAAUAAUAAACACACACGGUGUCCAUAAAGUCUCACAAAUUAUCAAAUUUAUCACACAAUCAAAUGGAUGGACAAAUCUGUGGAAAUUAUUACAAAAUGGUGAGUAGAUAUUGAUUUGUUUAAUUUAAUACACCUGAAUAUUAGACACCAUUAGUUCCACAAAGCACUUGCAGACUGUACUCGAUUUAAAUACUGAUUUCAAUUGUAAAGACACUUUGUGGACACCCUAUAUUGUCAGUGAGUACUCCGUUUGGAUCUCGUUAAAAACUGUGCAGGUGUACCUAAUGUUGUGGCCGGCGAGUGUGCACACGAAACUCAGCAGGCACACCAGGGACGUCUAUUGUUGGCAUUCGAAGGUCAAAGCUGAGCAGGCUCUCAGCUCAGCUUUCAUGACAAAUCUAUGUGGGCUGUGUGAGUGCACAAGCGGGAAACUGGACAUCAUUAGUCCAGCAUUAAUAUUUUAGUUGCAUAGUUCACUGCCGUCCUGCUAAGAUAUGUUAGAGUUGAACGUGUCGCCAUUGGUUUUCUGGCCUGAAAGCAAAUGCGAUGCAUGUGAAAUGUGAUGCAAUGACUGAUUAGGAGGGUAUUUUCACAAUUGGUUCUAUUCAGCAGAAUGAUCAGUUCUACGCAUAUGUGAACAGUCAAAUCGGAUUGAAGCAAACCGAUUUGAGAUCGGCUAAGGUCUCAACCCGGUUCUGCUUCAACUCCACAGCGCAGUUCACUCAACACGUGUGCAAAGUGAACAAAAAGGGGUCCGGAUUCAGAAGAAGAACUGGUUCCGAUUUUGAAAGAACUUUCAAUGUGAACUGCUCGUAGUUUGCUUCAAGUCAUCAGAGUGGAAUUCUGUGGGCAAGGUGAACACAAAGUGGUCCAGGUUUAUUUUGCUUUGUAUUGUCACAGGCCCAAUCAGACCUGGAAUGAAUCUGGAAGAGAACUGGUUCCUCUUUCACAAAUACACGCAAUGUGAACAUUGAAUAUUGAGGCCAAAAAAAAGGGUUCCUUUGAUGUCUUGAAGUUGGUAGUUAAUUGAACAAACUUUCAAUUUGGUUUGCUUGAAAUCCUCAGAGCAGUUUGCCUAACCCAAAUUGCUCCAGGUUCACUUGGCUUUAUAUUACCUCACGCCCCAUCAGACCUGAAGGGGAGUUUAUUAGUCAGCAUUUUUUGCGCCAAUGUGAACAGUCCAAAACUGAUUCAGACCACUCUGAAACAAACCAAAUUAUUUUUCAAUUUGCCUCUUUCAAAACAACUUUUAACAUGAACACAAAAAGUCUUGAGUCACGUCCCUUACGAGUGUUGAACUUAUUAGUUAGCAUUAUUUGCAAUUAUGUGAAACAGACCAUCUUCCCGUAUCAACUCUUCAAAGGGCUCAAAGGAUUGUGAUACGAGAACACGGUCAAGGAGAGUGUAGACAUACAGUGCUCAUCUUUCACAUCAAUGAUAGCCAUAACGACCUUAUGAUUGACUAAGUCUCUAUUAGCAUUCCACUCUGCCAAGGGAGCGUCUCCUUGCCAUUGACUGUAUGUGCUACCAAACACGCACUGAUGAUGAUUUAUAUUAACACAGCUAACACAGAUUAGGCCUUAUAUAUGUAUGCAUGGUCCUGUAUGUACAGUCUUUAGAAAUAAUGUUAUACAACCAGCCUAUAUUGCUUGUUUGUCAUAUGCCUUAUGCAAUGUGUGUGCAAUGGCAAUGAUAACACUUCUGACAAAGGAGACAAGGUGAGAAGGGGUCACACAUCCAAAUAGGACACAAGACAACAAUGUUGUUUGUUUCCUCUACUUUUAGGACUAUGUUUCCCAAAGAACGCUAGAAUGAAUGUACUGUACUGUUUAUUAUUACAGAAAUAUUUGGUGGUUGUUGUUGUUUUUUUUAAAAAAUACAGUAUAUAUGAUUUGGAAUUCUAUUUUAUUUGGACCUCUGCCUGGCGAGAUGCUAUCAUAUUGGACAAACAAAAAAAACCUGCAAAUAAUAAUACAUAAAUGAUAUUUAUUCUGGUUAGUUAAACAAAAUAACUGAAUAAAUAAAUGUUUACUUGGA